AUGUUCACACUUCUGCUUUCGACCGUUCUUCUCGCUGUCGUUGGGGCUCGUGCAGAGUCACACACUGUCCACUUCACAAACAACUGUGGUUUCGGAACGCCUACGCUCAUUCAAGGACCGAAUGUCCUGUCUACCGGUGGUGACUUCACUAUUAAUGGCCCACUCAUAGGCGCUAUCGCAUAUUUGCAGACGGGAGCGUGUGGAUUCAACGGCGAGAACUGUGUCAUUGUCGAGACCACUUUGAAGAACCCAACUACGCCUGGCUCAGGUUCUAGCACGGAUAUCUCACUCAUUCCUCCCCAUACCUUCUCCGUGACCACUGGCUUUGGCUAUUUCAACGGAUGCGAUGGCGCCGGAACCGAUUGCACAAAUGAGAACUGCUUCGCGUUCCACCAGCCCAGUGACACAUUCACCCAGAUCCCUUGUCAGGAAAAUAACGUUAAUCUUGCUAUUACCUUCUGUGAUUAG